AACAUCCUUGAGUUGAGGGCUUAUGUGCAAAAAUGUAGAGAAAUAAAGAAAGAGAGAGAGAGAGAGAACCACGCGCACACACAUAUUGUGGUCUGUGGAUUCCGUGGGCUUUAAAGACUGAAUCGCUGAUUUCAAUUAGCUCUCGCUCUUUUGGCUGUUGUUCGAUUUUGACUCUCUCUCUCUCUCUCUCAUUCGAUCUUUUUAUUAGUCAAAAGCACAGGACAAGCAUGCGGAGAUUUGCCGCUGAACGAACCAGGAAAACUACUCUUCUCGUCCUUGGGGUUCUCUUCUUCCUACUCUUCAUCGCCUUCAUCUAAUCCUAUCUCUGCCGCUGCCGCGAUGGCAUCUACGACUUCACCACCGGUCACCUACGAGUCCAUCAACCCAAAGGUCAAAAAAUGCGAGUAUGCGGUACGUGGCGAGAUUGUAACCCAAGCCCAGCGUUUGCAGCAAGAGUUACAAGAAAAUCCAGGCUCCCAUCCCUUUGAUGAGAUACUUUAUUGCAAUAUUGGAAAUCCUCAAUCUCUCGGUCAACAGCCUGUUACCUUUUUCCGAGAGGUUCUUUCUUUAUGCAAUCAUCCAGCUAUCUUAGACCGAGAUGAAACUCAUGGCUUGUUUAGCUCGGAUGCCAUUUCGAGAGCAUGGGAAAUUUUGGACCUUAUUCCCGGGAGGGCAACGGGCGCAUAUAGUCAUAGCCAGGGGGUAAAAGGACUGCGCGAAGCAAUUGCUGCUGGAAUUACUGCACGUGAUGGUUUUCCAGCCAAGGCAGAUGACAUUUUCUUAACAGAUGGAGCAAGCCCUGCUGUGCACAUGAUGAUGCAACUAUUGAUAAGGUCAGAGAAAGAUGGCAUCCUCUGCCCCAUUCCCCAGUACCCUUUGUACUCCGCCUCAAUCGCCCUCCAUGGUGGUUCUCUGGUUCCAUAUUACCUUGAUGAAGCGACAGGGUGGGGACUUGAGAUUUUUGAGGUCAAAAGGCAACUUGAAGAUGCUCGAUCAAAGGGCAUAAUUGUUAGGGCUCUAGUCGUGAUCAAUCCAGGCAAUCCAACUGGACAGGUUCUUUCAGAAGCAAAUCAACGCGAAAUAGUAGAGUUCUGCAAGAAAGAAGGUUUGGUUCUCCUAGCAGAUGAGGUAUACCAAGAAAACAUUUAUGUUGAGAACAAGCAAUUCAACUCCUUCAAGAAGAUUUCGAGGAUGAUGGGAUAUGACGAGGAGCUUUCUUUAGUAUCAUUUCAAUCAGUUUCUAAGGGAUAUUAUGGCGAAUGUGGAAAAAGAGGUGGCUACAUGGAAGUAAUUGGUUUCACUCCUGAUGUGCGGGAACAAAUUUACAAGGUUGCAUCCGUGAAUCUUUGUUCAAACAUCUCUGGUCAGAUUCUCACCAGUCUCGUCAUGAACCCACCAAAGGUCGGAGAUGAAUCAUAUGAAUCCUUCAUUGCAGAGAAAGAAGGGAUACUUCAGUCUUUGGCUAGGCGUGCACAGGCAUUAGAAGAUGCAUUCAACAGCUUAGAAGGUGUGACCUGUAAUAAGGCGGAGGGAGCAAUGUACCUUUUUCCCCGGCUUCGGCUCCCUCAAAAGGCAAUUGAUGCUGCUAAAUCAGUCAAUACAGCUCCGGAUGGAUUCUAUGCCCGCCGCCUUCUUGAAGCCACUGGAAUUGUUGUUGUGCCUGGGUCAGGCUUUGGGCAGGUCCCGGGGACAUGGCACAUACGGUGCACGAUCUUACCGCAGGAGGAUAAGAUCCCUGCAAUCAUCUCCCGGCUCAGGGCCUUCCAUGAAACAUUCAUGAAUGAGUUCCGUGACUAGAUUUUCACCCGAAACCUGCAUGGCUUUGUGGCCGUGUUACCAUUUCCAGAGUCAUAAGUUUUAGUUAGUUUGUGCUGUCAAAGUUUUGAGAAUAAAGAGGUUCAGGUUGUAGAUGCAUGUCACUGAAGUUAAAUACAUAGUGACAGCUUCCAGACAUAAUUCAUUUUCAUGCUGAUGAUACCUGUUACUCAUGAAACCAAUGAACGUCAUAAG